UGAUCAGCUGAUCGUGAAUGGACAAAAAAAUAUAUAAAAUUUUCAAUAAGUGUGUACGAUGAACGUGAUGAAAUCAUUUCGUGAAAUUCUUUCGAAUAGUAAAAAUGUACUGAUUUUAACUGGAAGUGGUAUUUCAGCCGAAUCUGGUGUACCGACAUUUAGAGGUGCAGGUGGGUAUUGGAGAAAAUAUCAGGCACAAAGCCUGGCAACACCAGAAGCUUUUGCUGCAAAUCCAUCAUUAGUUUGGGAAUUCUAUGAAUAUCGAAGAAGAUUAGUAAGCAAGGUCAAACCGAAUAAGGCCCAUGAAGCAAUAGCAGCAUUUCAAAAACGUUUUGUAAAAGAUGGUAAAAAGGUAACAGUAAUAACUCAGAAUAUUGACGGUCUACAUCAAAAAGCAGGAACAGAAGAUAUAUUGGAGCUUCAUGGUUCGCUUUAUAGAACACGUUGCACAAAAUGUUACAAUAUAAGCAUUAAUGAAAAUAUUCCAAUUUGCGCUGCAUUAGAUGGAAAAGGAGCACCAGAUCCAAAUAUUACAUCUUCUACUAUUCCAAUAGAAGAACUUCCUAGAUGUGAGAAUGUAAAUUGCAAUGGUUUGCUUAGGCCUGACAUUGUAUGGUUUGGUGAAAAUCUUGAUGAAUCUGUACUUAGUAAAGCUUAUGAAAUUGUUGAAACAUGCGAUGUAUGUUUAGUAAUUGGUACAUCUUCUAUUGUAUACCCAGCUGCAAUGUUUGCACCACAAGUAGCAAAUCGUGGAGUACCAGUUGCUGAAUUUAAUAUUGAAAUAACUCCAGCUACAAGGCAAUUUCAAUAUCAUUUUGAAGGUCCUUGUACAAUCACCGUAACGGAAGCAUUGGAGCCAUAAAUUUUACAAUAUAAUUUAUCUCAAGUUUACAAAUAGAAAAAAUAAACAAAUUAUAUGAAUAUAAAAA